AUGCUAUACUCCUUCAUCGGAUCCAUCGCGCCGCUAUACAGUGAGGAUGCAUACCGUGCUAGGAUUGAAUUGCUGGAGAAGCGCAUCCUGGCACUCCAGACUACAUGGCUGGGAGACCAGCUCAUGGAUGACAAGAUUUUGUGUGACCGACUCUAUGCUCGGCAGGCGGGCGGCGCGACACAGGCUGAAUACGAUUGGUUCGUCAGAAGAAUCCAAUUCCAACACGCGUAUUUGGUGCGCAGGUUCUUCGCACGUCUGUACCCAGAUCCCGAUUCAAGGAAAUUCUCGAGACGCGGCGAGGCGCUGAAUCGUCUGGACAAGAUGGAAUUCGGUCAUGCGCCGGACGACAUUGGGACUGCUGAUCUUCGCCUGUUCCUGAAUUGGCACCAUUGGCAGAAGGAAGCGGAGAAGUUGAAGGUCUUGCUUUCGAUGGACUAUGACACUGCGCGAGAAAUGCCGCAUGCGAUUUGGCGGGAAUACAAGGCUGCUAGACAGGCUGCUAGACAGCUUUAUGGCCAUGAGAUGAAAUGUAUGGGCGACUGA